AUGGAAAUAAAGCAAAGAGAAGUUAUAAAAGAAAUAUAUACAGUUGAGUACUGUAAAAGUUGCGGACUGCCUACUGAUUAUUGCGAGUAUGGUCAAUGUAUCAAAAAUAAAACAACCGAAUACAAUGAAACAUUAGAAACCAAUAAAUUAGAUUCUCAAUCAAAUUUAUCACUUAAGGCAGAUGAAACUCAAAUUACCCGAGAAGGUAUUCAAAAAAAACAUGAAGACUUAAAUUUAGUCAAGAAAAGAAAGAACAAACAGAAUAUAAUUACGAUUAAAGUGGAAAGCAGAGCUAGAAGAAAGAAUGUGACCGUAGUUUGUGGGCUAGAACUAUUCGAUAUUCAACUCAACGAAGCAGCGAAGAAAUUUGCAAAGCAGUUUUCUUGUGGUGCAUCAGUAGUUAAAGGCACUAAUGGGAAACCCGAUCAUAUAGAUGUACAAGGCGACUUUGAUAUUACAAUUGCGGAAUUUAUUUUGAAAAUUUAUCCAAAUAUUGAAGCAAGUAAUAUUGUUAUUCAAACGUGA